AGGCUUGGACCCCCAGCUGAGGAGUCCCGCUCAGGACACGGUCAUUGGAUCUGAGAAGCUUCCUAGGAGACUGAGUUCCAAGGACGACCUGACUGAAAAACCUUCACCCAUCUUCUGUCAUGUUCCCCACAGGGCCUUGGGGGAAGAUGGUGGGGACCAAGGCCUGGGUGUUCUUCCUGGUCCUGGAGGUCACCUCUGUGUUGGGGAGGCAGAUGAUGCUCACCCAGUCUGUGAGAAGAGUCCGACCUGGGAAGAGGACCGUCAGCAACUUUGCCAAGCCUGCAGAUCCCCAGGAGAGUUCUGGUGAAUGGACAACAUGGUUCAACAUUGACCAUCCAGGCGGGCACGGUGACUUCGAGCGGCUGGAUGCCAUUCACUUCUACUAUGGGGACCGUGUGUGUGCUCGGCCCCUGCGGCUGGAGGCUCGGACCACUGACUGGACACCCGCAGGCAGCACUGGCCAGGUGGUCCAUGGCAAUCCCCGUGAGGGUUUCUGGUGCCUCAACAGGGAGCAGCGGCCCGGCCGGAACUGCUCCAAUUACACCGUGCGCUUCCUCUGCCCACCAGGAUCCUUGCGCCGAGACACAGACCGCAUCUGGAGCUCGUGGUCUCCCUGGAGCAAGUGUUCUGCUGCCUGUGGUCACACUGGGGUCCAGACCCGAACCCGCACCUGCAUGGCGGAGACAGUGUCACUAUGCAGUGAGGCCACUGAGGAGGGCCGGCUCUGCAUGGACCAGGCCUGCACAGCCUGUGACCUGACCUGCAUCAUGGGCCAGGUGAAUGCUGACUGUGACGCCUGCAUGUGCCAAGACUUCGUGCUGCAUGGGGCUGUCUCCCUUCCUGGGGGUGCUCCCGCCUCAGGGGCCACUGUCUACCUGAUGACCAAGACACUGAAGCCACUGACUCGGACGGACAGUAGUGGGAGAUUCCGAGUCCCUGGCUUGUGCCCAGAUGGCAGAAGCAUCCUGAAGAUCACAAAGGCCAAGUUUGCUCCCAUCAAGCUCACAAUGCCCAAGACUAACCUGAAGUCAGCCACCAUCAAUGCGGAGUUCGUGAGGGCAGAGACCCCAUACAUUGUGAAGAACCCUGAGACGAAAGCACGGAGAGCUGGGCAGAGUGUGGCCCUGUGCUGUAAGGCCACGGGGAAACCCAGCCCAGACAAGUAUUUCUGGUAUCACAACAACACGCUGCUGGACCCCUCCCUCUACAAGCACGAGAGCAAGCUGAUGCUGAAGCAUGUGCAGGGGAACCAGGCUGGGGACUACUUCUGCAAGGCCCAGAGUGACGCUGGAGCUGUGAAGUCCCACGUCGCCCAGCUGAUUGUCAUAGACCCUGAUGAAACUCCAUGCAACCCAACCCCUGAGAGCUACCUUAUCCGGUUGCCUCAUGAUUGCUUCCAGAAUGCCACCAACUCCUUCUACUAUGAUGUGGGCCGUUGCCCUGUCAAGACCUGUGCAGGGCAGCAGGAUAAUGGGGUCAGGUGCCGGGAUGCUGUGGAGAACUGCUGUGGCAUCUCCAAAACAGAGGAGAGGGAGAUCCAGUGCAGUGGGUACACACUGCCCACCAAGGUGGCUAAGGAGUGUAACUGCCAGCGGUGUACAGAGACCCGGAGUAUUGUGCGGGGCCGUGUCAGUGCUGCUGACAAUGGGGAACCCAUGCGCUUUGGCCACGUGUACAUGGGGAGAAACCGUGUGAGCAUGACUGGCUACAAGGGCACUUUCACCCUCCACAUCCCCCAGGACACUGAGAGGCUGGUGCUCACAUUUGUGGACAGGCUGCAGAAGUUCGUCAACACCACCAAAGUGCUGCCCUUCAACAAGAAGGGAAGUGCAGUGUUUCAUGAGAUCAAGAUGCUUCGGAGGAAAGAGCCCAUCACCUUGGAGGCCACAGAGACCAACAUUAUCCCCCUGGGGGAGGUGGAUGGUGAAGACCCUGUGGCUGAGCUGGAGAUCCCAUCCAAGAGUUUCUACAAACAGAAUGGGGAGCCCUACACAGGAAAAGUAAAGGCCAGUGUGACCUUCUUGGAUCCCCGCAAUAUUUCCACAGCCACAGCAACCCAGAGUGACCUGAACUUCAUCAAUGAUGAUGGAGACACCUUCCCACUUCGGACAUAUGGCAUGUUUUCUGUGGACUUCAGAGAUGAGGCCACCUCUGAGUCGCUUAAUGUCGGUAAGGUGAAGGUUCAUCUUGACUCGACCCAGGUCAAGAUGCCAGAGCAUGUGCCCACGAUGAAACUCUGGUCGCUCAACCCAGACACAGGGCUGUGGGAAGAGGAAGGUGACUUCAAAUUUGAAAGCCAAAGGCGGAACAAAAGGGAAGAGAGAACCUUCCUAGUGGGCAACAUGGAGAUCCGAGAGAGGAGGCUUUUUAACCUGGAUGUCCCUGAAAGCAGGAGGUGCUUUAUCAAGGUGAGGGCCUACAGGAGUGAGAGGUUCUUGCCCAGUGAGCAGAUCCAGGGGGUCGUGGUGUCUGUGAUCAACCUGGAGCCCAGGACUGGCUUCUCAUCCAACCCCAGGGCCUGGGGCCGCUUUGACAGUGUCAUCACGGGCCCCAAUGGGGCCUGUCUGCCUGCUUUCUGCGAUGACCAGUCCCCUGAUGCCUAUUCUGCCUAUGUCUUGGCAAGCCUGGCUGGGGAAGAACUGGAAGCAGUGGCUUCUUCUCCUAAAUUCAACCCAAAUGCAAUUGGUGUCCCUCAGCCCUACCUCAACAAACUUAAGUACCGUCGGACAGACCACGAGGACCCACGGGUUAAGAAGACAGCUUUCCAGAUCAGCAUGGCCAAGCCAAGGCCCAACUCAGCUGAGGAGAGCAAUGGGCCCAUCUAUGCCUUUGAGAACCUCCGGGCAUGCGAAGAGGCACCGCCCAGUGCAGCCCACUUCCGGUUUUACCAGAUUGAGGGGGAUCGGUAUGACUAUAACACUGUCCCCUUCAAUGAGGAUGACCCCAUGAGCUGGACUGAAGACUACUUGGCAUGGUGGCCCAAGCCAAUGGAGUUUAGGGCCUGCUACAUUAAAGUGAAGAUUGUGGGGCCAAUAGAGGUGAAUGUGCGAUCCCGCAACAUGGGGGGCACCCACCGGCAGACUGUGGGGAAGUUGUAUGGAAUCCGGGAUGUGAAAAGCACACGGGAUAGGGACCAGACCAAUGUCUCAUCUGCUUGUUUGGAGUUCAAGUGCAGUGGGAUGCUCUAUGACCAGGAUCGUGUGGACCGCACACUAGUGAAGAUAAUCCCCCAAGGCAGCUGCCAUCGAGCCAGUGUAAACUCCAUGCUGCAUGAGUACCUGGUCAACCACCUACCAAUGGCAGUCAACAACGACACCAGUGAGUACACCAUGCUGGCGCCCCUGGAUCCACUGGGCCACAACUAUGGAAUCUACACUGUCACUGACCAGGACCCUCGCGUGGCCAAGGAGAUUGCACUUGGCCGGUGCUUUGAUGGCACAUCUGAUGGCACCUCCAGAAUCAUGAAGAGCAACGUGGGAGUGGCCCUCACCUUUAACUGCAUAGAGAGGCAGGUGGGUCGCCAGAGUGCCUUCCAGUAUCUCCAAAGUACCCCAGUCCGGUCCUCUGCCCCCAGCACUGUCAGAGGAAGAGUGCCCCCCAGGAGGCAGCAGCGGGCAAGUAGGGGUGGCCAGCGCAGGCCUGGAGGGAUGACCUCUCUGAGGUUUCCUAGGGUUGCUCAGCAGCCUCUGAACAACUAAGUCUUGUGGUACCUCUCUUCUCCCACCACCUCACGUGACAGCCAUUGUGAGACUGACGCACAAACUGUCACUCGGUUAAUUUAAGCACAUCUGUUCUGGUGCAAUUCGCUUGUUUGUUUCUUCAUGACUUUACUUACUGUCUUUGUCUCGUGAUACUGUUUGGCACUUAGCCCCCCCAAAUGGCAAAACAAAGCCUCUUUGAUCUGUUCUUUAAAAGAAACACCAGAAAUUGGCCAUUGGCAAACUGUGGCUUUGACUGUUCUUCAUUUAGUGCCAUCAAUGGAAAUGCCCUUCCUUUUCUUUUUGCAUGGUUUUGCCCACCUUUAUGAUAAUGAUAAUCUAAAGUUGAAGAUCAACUAACCAAUAUAAAGCAUAUUUCCUGGUCUUGCUCCACAGGACGUAAGCAAGGUCUUCAUCACAGUUCAUACAUUUAAAUGGUGGUGAAAUAAAAUAAUAAACUCCAAUAUUUUUAUUUGAAAUGUAAAUAAGUUAUUUCUUUACUGGCUCUGGAACGCUAGUGCACAUUUCAUGUGAAGCUAUUGAAUAUAGGGUAAUCAUAGUUCUCCACCAAGUCUCAUCUCAUAUCCACAACUACACCAGGUUGCUAAUUACAUUAGCAUGUUUCUCUUUACAUUUGCUUUGUUCUUGCUAGAAGCCCAGUGCAGCCCAGAGCAGAUGUCAAUAAAUGAACAUUUUGUACUUGAUUUUGAGACCACUGUCUUUUAACCAUUAAAGUGAGCCAGCUGCUCAGGGAGACAUAGGGGACUCUGGAAAGUGAUCACAAGGUAUCAUGAGCCACUGCCCCCUCUAAGUGACAGGGUUGGGGAAUUUGACACACACUCCAUGGUCAAGUUUGUUUUCAUGGAUCAUAUUUUCCACUCUCAGAAAAGGGCAGAGAUUCCUGGAGCUGUGAGCAUGUUCUGGGCUCCUGAGCAAAGCUAAAUACAUGUCCCAAUUUUUUCUUUCUUUCUUUCUUUCCAAUACUGAGAAACUUAUACAAUGGCCUGGCCCAGGGUCUGGUAAGCUGUCCAAGUGGUCUUUCGGCAACCCCCCACAGCCUGCUGCCUUCUCCAGCUGGGCUGGCUGACCUCACUCAGAAAGGAUGGGCUUUCUCUUUUCUUUUUUUCCAAUCUCUUCUGAAGAUACCCAGCUUUUCCAGAUACCUGAUCUCUAGUGUGUGUGACAGCCCCUGUUUCUUGAGUAAAACAACUGAUCCAAAUGAAUAGGGUUCUGUUUUUCGAAAAGGUGUUUGGUUCAAAAUAGUAAAUCAGAGGCUGGUGGAUGGUUCCGGAGUGAUCUUGGAGGCAUCAACAGUCAGGGCAGUGGUGUGUGGGGUUGGGUAAGAUGCACCAACUGCCCCUCUCCCAACCCCUCCAGAAUCUGUCAGUAAAGAGGCUAUGGGGAUUGGGAGAGGAGAAGGCAUUAUUUAGAAUCAGGACAAAAAGCUUUCCUUGAUCCCCUGGCUGGCCCAGUACAGCUCCUUUUGGCCACCUCAGGCCUGGACUGGAUUUACUCUUGGAUCAGCAUCUGCCCAACUCCCAGGGGAUUGGUUCAUAAUCAAAUUUCUCUGGCUGAGCAGCCCUUCCCCAUGAACUCUGAGAAAGUGAGCCCAUGCAGGGUUGGGCCUAGUGGCCUUGUGAUUGAUCGCUCCUCGACUCACUUCCAGACUACACUUCCCAGGGAGCAGCUCUCACUGACUGCUUGGGGGUGGGGCUUGACUGACCCUGCCGAGGGGUCAGUGUUUAGCCACUUGCAGCACAGGUACCUUACUGCUUCAGGGGGCCAGUGUGUGCAGCUUCAACCUGACCACCCAGUUCCCUUCUAAUUCACCAAGAGGGG